GAGUUAGGGGCCUGACUCCCCAGCGACGAGACAAGAUGGCUCCUCCGGUCCGCGCCGCAGCUACCGUCCCGGCUGCGUCGCUCGGCCCGCCCCCGGUACUGUUUCUUUAAAUGGCGGAGAGGGUCAUGAAAGCAGGAAGAGAGGCGCGCGCUCUCACGUGACAGGGGCGGGCCCGGCUAACAAGAUCCGGUCACGUGGAGACCCGCUUCCCGCCAAUCAGGAGGCGUCGCAUCAGGGCGGGGGCGGGAAGAGCUGCGGCUCCGUGAUUGGCUGAGUGCGCCGCGGAGGCCUCGGGGGCUUGGGGCGUCGGGGAGUGCGCGAGGCGGCCCGGGUUGUGUGCACUAGCGGAGACAAAGCGGUGCCCGAGGUGGCCGCGGCGGCUGCGGCAGCGGCGGCAGAGCAGCCCUAAACGCCGAAUAUCGUGGUGCUGAGUCCUGUCAUCAUCUCAUCCAGCGCGGCGCGUGGGCGGCUUGUCUCGCGGCGGCGGCGGCAGCGGCGGAGGCGGAGGCAGCACAUGGUUCCAAGAGCGCGCUGCGGUUGUUGGGUUCCGAUUCCGUGGGGAGGGAUAAAGGCAGCUUUGAGCACCGGGCAACGCCCGGUCGGGUGGUGCGCUCGCCACACUGCCCUCGACUCGAGCCUUGAAAGCUGGGACUAACUCCUCUCAUGAGGAGGAGGCAGCCUCGGUACCGAGGCCCGGCAAGGGCCCGGCAGCCAGAGGCCUCUGUCUGAGGGAAGUGGGGGAGGGGCGCUGCCCACGUCAGGUGAUUUGGGCGGGUCAAUUCUGAGGCGUCUUUGUGGGUCAGUGUGAGGUAAUUUGACCAGCGCACUACCCUGAGGGGAUUGGGACGGGACCACAAGCUAGAUUGGUUCUGGGCUUUGGAAACAGAAAUCGCCCUCAGCGCUUAGACCUUUCAGUUGGGAGGUGGUGAAGCCGGAACUAACGCCGUAUGUACUCCAUCGACUUCGUAGUCCUCAGCCUGGGGCCUGUUUAAGAAUCCUGGGCUCAUUGGUGAAGAAAAGGGUGACUGUCCAGUUUUAUGACCGAAGUUGGUAAAUUUCCGGAUUGCUAAAUUUUCUGAUCAGAAAUUUAGAGGAACAAAGAAAGCUUGAAGAACUUGUGAAGAUGGAGCAGUCAUAAAUCUUCAACUCCCAAUACCGUCUACUCCAAGACCAUCCACAUUCGACUCCUUGAACUAUCGCAACUUAAUGCUAAAGCACUUUAAGACUACAGAUUUAUAACAUAGUUUUUUCCCCCAGAAUAUUGCAUCAUAAACAUUGAGAAGAUUAAAAAAAGGAGGAAUCAAUUGUAGUUUUAGACAUCUCUUUGAAUGUGUUUUGGAUAGGUACUAGGAAACCUUCUUUAACCGUCAGAAGCUCAGACUUACCAAACCUUUACUGGAAGGAAUCCUGGGAAAUCUAUUACACCGUAAGGUUUUAUUUCCCAGUUAGAGGGUAAAGGACUGAAGACCUCACUGCACUCAUGGCUUUCACAAAUUACAGCAGUCUCAAUCGAGCUCAGCUAACCUUUGAAUAUCUGCAUACAAAUUCAACUACUCAUGAAUUCUUAUUUGGUGCUCUUGCUGAACUGGUUGAUAAUGCAAGAGAUGCUGAUGCAACCAGAAUAGAUAUUUACGCUGAAAGGCGAGAGGACCUUCGAGGAGGAUUUAUGCUCUGCUUUUUGGAUGAUGGAGCAGGAAUGGAUCCAAGUGAUGCUGCCAGUGUGAUCCAGUUUGGGAAGUCAGCCAAGCGAACACCUGAGUCCACCCAGAUUGGGCAGUAUGGGAAUGGAUUAAAAUCGGGCUCAAUGCGCAUUGGGAAGGAUUUUAUACUCUUCACCAAGAAGGAAGACACCAUGACCUGCCUCUUCUUGUCUCGGACCUUUCAUGAGGAGGAAGGCAUUGAUGAAGUGAUAGUUCCGUUGCCCACCUGGAAUGCUCGGACCCGGGAACCUGUCACAGACAACGUGGAGAAGUUUGCCAUCGAGACAGAACUCAUCUACAAGUAUUCUCCCUUCCGCAAUGAGGAGGAAGUUAUGACUCAGUUCAUGAAGAUUCCUGGGGACAGUGGAACACUGGUGAUCAUCUUCAAUCUCAAACUCAUGGAUAACGGAGAGCCAGAGCUAGACAUAAUCUCAAAUCCAAGAGAUAUCCAGAUGGCAGAGACUUCCCCAGAGGGCACGAAGCCAGAGCGGCGCUCCUUCCGCGCUUAUGCAGCUGUGCUCUAUAUUGAUCCCCGGAUGCGGAUCUUCAUCCACGGGCACAAGGUGCAGACCAAGAGGCUCUCCUGCUGCCUAUAUAAGCCCAGGAUGUACAAGUACACAUCAAGCCGUUUCAAGACUCGUGCAGAGCAGGAGGUGAAGAAAGCUGAGCAUGUAGCACGGAUUGCUGAGGAGAAGGCACGGGAGGCUGAGAGCAAAGCUCGGACCUUAGAAGUUCGCCUAGGUGGAGACCUUACUCGAGACUCAAGGGUGAUGUUGAGGCAGGUCCAGAACACAGCCAUUACUCUGCGCAGAGAAGCCGAUGUCAAAAAGCGGAUCAAGGAGGCCAAACAGCGAGCACUUAAAGAACCUAAGGAACUGAAUUUUGUUUUUGGGGUCAACAUUGAACACCGGGACCUGGAUGGCAUGUUCAUCUAUAACUGUAGCCGCCUGAUCAAGAUGUAUGAGAAAGUGGGCCCACAGCUGGAAGGGGGCAUGGCAUGUGGUGGGGUUGUUGGGGUUGUUGAUGUGCCCUACCUGGUCCUCGAACCUACACACAACAAGCAGGACUUUGCUGAUGCCAAGGAGUACCGGCACCUGUUGCGGGCAAUGGGGGAGCAUCUGGCACAGUAUUGGAAGGACAUUGCCAUUGCCCAGAGGGGAAUCAUCAAGUUCUGGGAUGAGUUUGGCUACCUCUCUGCCAACUGGAACCAGCCUCCAUCCAGUGAGCUACGUUACAAGCGCCGGAGAGCUAUGGAAAUCCCAACCACCAUCCAGUGUGAUUUGUGUCUGAAGUGGCGAACCCUCCCCUUCCAGCUGAGUUCUGUGGAAAAAGAUUACCCUGAUACCUGGGUUUGCUCCAUGAACCCUGAUCCUGAGCAGGACCGAUGUGAGGCUUCUGAACAGAAGCAGAAGGUUCCCCUGGGGACAUUCAGAAAAGACCUGAAGACACAAGAAGAGAAGCAGAAGCAGCUGACAGAGAAAAUUCGCCAACAGCAGGAGAAGCUAGAGGCCCUGCAGAAAACCACUCCUAUCCGCUCCCAAGCUGACCUGAAGAAAUUGCCUUUGGAAGUGACCACCAGACCUUCUACAGAGGAACCUGCACGUAGACCUCAGCGUCCUCGGUCGCCUCCUUUACCUGCUGUGAUCAAGAAUGCCCCAAGCAGACCUCCUUCCCUGCAGGCUCCCAGGCCAGCUAGCCAGCCCCGAAAGGCUCCUGUUAUCAGCAGUACCCCUAAGCCUUCUACCCUGGCAGCUCGGGAGGAGGCCAGUACAUCCAGGCUGCUGCAGCCACCUGAGGCACCCCGAAAGCCUGCUAACAUACCGGCUAAGACUGCGCCCCGGCCCACUCCUAUGGUGCAGCCACUGUCACCAUCUCUGCUACCCAACGCCAAGAGCCCUCGGGAGGUCCCUGCUCCCAGAGCCAUCAAGACUCCAGUAGUCAAGAAGCCAGAGCCACCCAGUAAACUCUCCCCAACCAUUCCUGGUCGGAAGCGGACUCUUGGGGUCUCUGAUGAGGAAGAAGCCGAGGAAGAGGCUGAGAGGAGGAAAGAAAGGUCUAAGCGGGGCAAGUUUGCUGUGAAGGAGGAAAAGAAGGACUUGAAUGAGCUCUCAGAUAGUGCUGGGGAAGAGGACCCAGCUGACCAUAAGAGGGCUCAGAAAGAUAAAGGGUUGCACGUGGAGGUGCGUGUGAACAGGGAGUGGUACACAGGUCGUGUCACAGCUGUGGAAGUGGGCAAACAUGUGGUGCGGUGGAAGGUGAAGUUUGACUACGUGCCCACAGACACCACUCCAAGAGACCGCUGGGUGGAGAAAGGCAGUGAGGAUGUGCGGCUGAUGAAGCCCCCUUCUCCGGAGUACCAGAGCCCUGACACGCAGCAGGAGGGUGGGGAGGAGGAGGAGGAGGAGGCAGUGGUGGCAGCACCACCUGCGCCGCCAGCGGCGGCGGCCCAGCAGGCUGUAGCCACGGCAGAGCCCUCUACUUCUGACUGCAUCCGCAUAGAGCCUGACACCACUGCCCCGAGCACCAACCAUGAGACCAUUGACCUGCUCGUCCAGAUCCUCCGGAAUUGUUUACGGUACUUCCUGCCUCCUAGUUUCCCCAUCUCCAAGAAGGAGCUGAGUGCUAUGAAUUCAGAUGAGCUAAUAUCAUUUCCUUUGAAAGAGUACUUCAAGCAGUAUGAAGUGGGACUCCAGAAUCUGUGCCAUUCCUACCAGAGCCGUGCUGACUCACGGGCCAAGGCCUCUGAGGAGAGCCUGCGCACUUCUGAGAGAAAGCUCCGAGAGACAGAGGAGAAGCUGCAGAAGCUGAGGACCAACAUCGUGGCGCUCCUGCAAAAGGUGCAGGAGGAAUCUGUGGUUCCAACCCUGGCUGCACAGCAUCCUGACCAGGAGGGCUGGAGGUGGUGCGGCUGCCUGGGCCUCAUCCCAGCCAGACCCACGGACAUAGACAUCAACACAGAUGAUGAGCUGGAUGCCUACAUCGAGGACCUGAUCACCAAGGGGGACUAAGGGGCUCAAGACAAGGGGACUAAGGGGCUCAAGACAAAAAUCAGUUCCUCUGCCCUUCAAGGCAGAGUUCUUGGGGGGUGGUGUUUUGUUCAUGGGUGGUGGACUUACCUUGGUUUGAUUCACAUGAGACAUUUGUGCUUUUGGAGGGAAAAAUACUCUGAUUCUUUGAAUCUUCCUCCCUAAGUUUAUAAAUAUUUAUUUUUUAAAAGAAAUAAGAUGCUGCGCCUGCUGUGAGAUCAUACAUUUUUCUUUUGGUGACUCCUGGGCAAAGGACAGAGAACCGGGAUGCCAAGCUCCUUCUCUUGGCUCCUGGGUCCUAAAGAUGUGGUAAACCCAGUGUCAUCUAUAAGUUGGAGAGGCUCCAGGGGCAGGGCUGGUCUCUUCUAGAGGAUGAACAAUGUUGAAAUCUGAGGGGUAGGGGAGGGAACAAGCCCUCCAGAGUGGUACUUUUCCUAGAGGCUCUGAUUUAGGGGACCCCUGGAGGCGGUGGGUCAGGAUAGAGGCUCAAUGCUGAGCAGCUCCCAUCUCAGGUCCGGGACAUGACCUCCAAUUCGACCUCGCCAUCCAUCACUCAAGUUCUCCCUGUGGCAGUGAUUUCCUCAGUUAACCAUGCAUGAAUAGUGAGGUUUUCCACUCCAAAAAUCUGAGUCCAGGUGGAGUAGUAGAUCUGACUCUAGUGGGCUGUACCCUGAAUGAAUGUUUGAAUUCCAAAGGAUUCUUUUUGAAAAAGCCCUUUGUGACAGUGCCCCUGGUACUGAUCUGGUGGUGACCUCUGCCGGUGGGUUUGGCAGGGUCUGGAGGGAGCACGCUGCUCAGAUGGUGCUGGCUGACCUGGAGAGCCUGCUGCUGUUGCUGCUUUUACGGUUUCCCCCCCCCGCCUGGCCCCACCAAUCCCUGCUCUGGGCUAGACAGGAAAAGGGGUCACUGAGCCACAGGGACUCCAGAGGCAGCUUUUUAGAAAGCACACCAUGCCUUCCCUCCCAUCUAGUCACAGCGUCAUUCAGCUGUGUCCCUCAAGUGACUUCUCAGGGUCAAAGACAAAGGCAAGAGUUGCUGAGUUUCUCUUUAGUCACUGGAAAAAUUCUGGUUUGAUUUUCCCCAACUGUCUUCUCUCCUCUUUAUUUGGGGACUUUGGGUUUUCUAGAGGCACAAGAACUGUGGCCUGGUACUGCUUAGUCUGGGAUUCAAACCUUUCUGGGUGUGUUUCUGCCAUCUAUCCACCUCAGGUCAUCAUGGCCCACAUGCCACUCCGUGGCCUCUGCAGGAGACUGGGAGGUGCUGGUGAGGGAAGUCUUUACCCACUUGUGUGCCCAGAAGCACCUGCAACUUGUGGGUUUGGGCCUUCCCCAAACCACAUCCCUGGAGGAGGGUUAUUUGGGGACAUACCACUCAGAACUUGGCCUCUUCCUCUGGAAGAUUCUCUGAACCUUGGAGUUUCUUGAGCUGGUGAUUACUCUCCUUCCAGCUCACUCUCUUCAUCCCAGGCAGCAUGUGGUUCAUGUUUGUCCCCAAACCUUAUUGUUUGAAUCUAAUAGGAAGUUGGUUCUGCAUUUUUAUCAAAGGGUGUAAUACCCACCUUUUUUAUUUACACACCUGUAAUCAAAAUGCAAUACUAUAAAACUUUUGCUGGUGAGACUCCUGAACUCAGUCUGUUUUCUUCUGUUAGUAAAAUCUAGCACCUUCUACUUCAUUCUUUCUACCACUGUGGCUUUAAAUGGAUUUCAGAUAUUUCUUCAUCACGAUCUUCCUUUUUCUGUAUCCACCCUCCUUACCACAGAAACAAAUGCUCAAUUUCUUAGAAUGUUUUAGCUUGAACUUCGGUGUAACCACUUUGCUGUUUAAAUCCAGUCACAGCUGUACUGAAUGCAGCCUGUGUCCCAGGCAGAGCUCCUGCCAUUCUGGUUGGGAUGGGACCCGCCUGAAAUUGUCUGAGGACAUGGGAGGAGGGAGUCGUCUGGCUGGUCUGUGGCCCAAGGGUCACUAGCACAGUGGCAGCAAAACAGGUGAAUACAGAGGAGCAAUGGGGACUUUCUUUGGUUUUAAGUGACACAGCAUACAGUAAUAAUUCAAACAGUACAGAAAGGCUGGAAAGCCUGAAAAGCAAGACGCCCUUUCACCCUUGACCCCUAUUUUCUCCCUGAGAAUAAUAUCCAUACUUGUCCACACAUCCACUCUGUUCAGUUUCUGCCUGUUUCCCACAAUGUAUCUUGGAACCUGUUUCAGAAUAGCCAAUAUGGGUCUACUUUUUUCUUCUGCAAAACCCAUAGCAUUUCAUUGUCUUGGAUGUACCAUUAAGAGUCUCCUACUUAAAAAGAUUUGGGUUAACAUUUACGAAAAAUGCCCUGAUGAAUGUGGUGUGUGUGUGUAUUAUUGACUCAGAUCUGUAUGUAUGUAUGUAUGGUAAACUCCAAAGAGAAAUGGCUGUGUCAAAUGGUAGGUAUUAAUAUUAAAAAUAUUAAGAUGGU